AUGCCGGCCGCGUGCUGGCCACUGUGUGACGUCAGCUGGGUGACGGCCGCGCUGCUGGCCCUGGCCGCCGCGCUGCUGGUGGCCAACGCGCACGUGGCCCGCGGAUACUGGCGCCGGAUGGGCGUGGCGCAGCCCACCUCCCGGCUCUUCCUGGGGCACGCCAAGGACCUGCUGCUGGGCACCACGCACCUCUGCGGCGUCAUGGACGAGGUGUACCGCCAGCUGGAAGGGCAGCCGUACGGGGGCUUCUACAUGGUGGGCAGGCCGUGCCUCAUGCUGCGAGACCCCGACCUCGUCUGGAGAGUGAAGCACGACUCCAGCCACUACUCCCUCAGGGGCGCCCGUAUAAAAGGCAACGCUAUGGAUCCCAUUUGGAGGAACCUGUUGGAUGUUGAUGACCGCCACUGGCGCGAGGUCAUGGGACAUCUAACGAAGGCCUUCGUAACGGAGAAGACGCGGAAGGUGUCCUUCCUACUGGAAGAGUGCGGCCUACGCAUGCAGAACGCGCUGUCGCAGCGGAUAGAAGAUGUCGGCUGGAGAGACUUCGACCUCAUGUGCGUCUGCUCGCGGUUCGCCACCGAUGCCAUCGGCUGCUGCGCCUUCGGCAUCGAAUGCGGCGCCAUCGAUGACCCGCGCUCAACGUUCCUCCAGUUGUCACACGAGGCUGUGUUUAUCAACCGGUGGCAAAAUUUCGCAGACGUCAUGUCACUAUGGCAGCCGCACAUUGUCAGCGUUCUGCGCCCAGACAUUUUGUCACGUGAUACGUACGAGUUCUUCAGGGAUGUCGCUUUGGACAUUCUUCGCUACAGGCGAGACAACAAACUGUGCCGAGACGAUAUGAUGAAUGAGCUGCUGAAAGUGAGGCUAAAUGGUCUCAAGUCUGUUCAAAAUAUCAACACAGAGUUCUCGGACGACUCCCUGGUGGCGUACGUGUUCGCGACGUUCGGCUUCGCGCUGGAGAUGCUGGCCAGCACGCUGAGCUUCUGCCUGUACGAGCUGUCGCUGGACACCGAGGUGCAGACGCGCGCCCGCCAGCAGGUGGACGCGGCGCUGAGAGCCCGCGGCGGCAGGCUCAGCUACGAGGCCGUCCAGGAGAUGACCUACCUCGACAUGGUGCUGACCGGUAAGGGCACUGACCUCCGUUUUACAGUAAAGCAGCGGCACCCCACCACGCAUUCUCCCGUUCCGCAACAACUAUCGACGGUCAGACGACUGAUACGAGCACUGUGUUCUGAAACCUCAGAACUAGUUGUGAAAAAUGCUACUGAUCCAUGA